CGAUGGCUCCCGCGCGGAGGCCACAGAUAGGGCGGGGACCCCUCUUCCUGGGCGUCCCCCAGAGCGCCGGCCUGCUGGAGUCAUAUGCUCGGGAGGGCGACCCUGGGAGCCUCGCCCUGCAGGCCCAGUCCUGGCAAUGGAGUCCCGGCUCUGCCUGGAUCGGAAUAGUGCCUCGGCGCCAGGGAUGAGCAGCACGCUGGGCGGCCAGUCUGUGCAGGCGGCCCGGUCCGCGGCUUUCUGCGGGCCUGCUGCUCUUAGCUUAGCGACUGUUCGGGCCUCCCGAGCUGCGGACAAAAGCGAGGCCGGCGGGUCUGAGGUCGGCUGCUCCUCAGCCAAACUGUUUCCUGUUGAGUUGUGGGGAAGGGAGAGGUUGCCGGCCUGGAGAAGGGACUCAGGAUGCAGAGCACGAGGAUGGCAGGAAGCAGGCACCCAGGAGAACGACCCCUGUUUUCCCUUUGUGUCUUCUUAGACCCAGCUAGGCAGGCCCGGACAGACCAGGGUAGUGUGUUUGUGGAGGGCUGAGGGACCUGUCCAGGCCUGGCACCUGGUGGCAAGGGCUCCCGCCUGCCCUGCCCAGGUUUUUCAGUUCACCUCUCCCAGACCCUCUGUGUGCGCACUGGGGGCUGAAAAAAAAAAAAAACCCAGUGCCGUGGAGUGGAUUCCGACUCAUAGCUACCUCAAUCCACAUGGCCCUUUUAUUUACCACUAGAAGGAAGGAGGCCAUUUCCAGAGCUGAGGGUUCUUAGGGGCAUGGCUAACCCCUGGUGACACUGAUGAGGGCUCUGAAACCCCUACAGGCUUCCUGAAGCUACUGAAAUGGAAAGCCUGUCCGUUUCAAGCUGCGCCCCUCCUCACCCCACCCCCAAGAAACAGGAAGCUCUGAGUUGGGGGAAAGUCCCUGCCCUGUCCCAGCAGGGUAAAUGGGUCUAAAUAAAUAAGGGAGCUGUAAAUAGGGUUGGGUCUUAUACCUCCUCCUCCCCCCACAGUCUGGUCUGGACUGUGAGCUGCUGGAUGCUGGGCUUCCCUGGUGGGCAGGACCGGGGGACAGGCCCUCAGCUUUCCCAAGGUUCUCUGUGCGAGGAGAUAUGGCAUGGCUUCUGUCCAGCAGAGCCUAGGCUUCCUGAGAGGAGGCAGCUGCAGGUGUGGGCUUACCCCACCCGAGAUGCUCCAGGCUUCCAUUGGCACCCUUGGUGGUGGGGAGCAUCUUGAAUCCCGGGGAACUGGGUGUGCCCUCCUUUGCCCACCCGUACCCUCAUCCUGAGAAACCCCGCAGGAGAGCAGUAGUUGAAAGCGAAUGACAAACUCCGUGGAGGUGGGUAUUGAGGCCAGCUCUUUGCCCCAGGGUCAGCACAGCACAAUGAGGAGGACCCUGAACUGAGAUUUAGCACCGUCAUAGCUUGUCUCGGGGGCUUUUAGAUUCCUUCCCGGUAAAACAAAGAUAACAGGAACUGCUUCCUCUCCCUCCCCGGCUGCUGGGUGGAUGAGGCGACUGACAGAGCCUCUUAGGAAGAAAACCCCAAAGUGGAAGGAGCCCUCCUGACAGGCAGAGCCUGGGGUUCAGGCCAGCUCCCUGACCUGGGCUGAGCAAGGGCCCCUCUCUGAUGGGCCUGACAUGAGACAGUCACACCUUCCCCUCCCCCCACUGAAUCAGAAUUCCCAGGCCUGGGAGCUGCAGGAGUGGUCCCAUGAACCCGGGCUUGCACGCUGUUCUUGGCUGUGGGUGUGCCAUGAUGGAUGCUGAGACCCUCUGGGACCGUGGCUGCCCAUGUCAGCAGGAGCCAGUGGAGUGGGAGUCUCCGUUGCUGCCCUCUGGGCCUUGCCCUGUGAGGUGAAGGGAAACCAGCCUCAAGCCCAGGCUGUGUUGUCUCGUCCCUCACAGGGGCUGCUGGCUGGCCCUCGGUGGGUGCCUGGUGUCCGAGAGCCACCCCCACUGACCCUCUUUGUGUCUCCCACAGUGAACUUCUUUCUCACUGGGAGGCUUAGCAGUGCAGUUCCCGCCCUUGCUGCCUGCAGUGGGAAGCUGGAGCAGCACACGGAGCGACGUGGUGUCAUCUACAGCCCAGCCUGGCCCCUCAACUACCCGCCGGGCACCAACUGCAGCUGGUACAUCCAGGGUGACCGUGGGGACAUGAUCACCAUCAGCUUCCGCAACUUUGACGUGGAGGAGUCCCACCAGUGCUCCCUGGACUGGCUCAUGCUGGGCCCAGCGGCCCCGCCCCGCCAGGAGGCCUUCCGGCUCUGUGGCUCUGCCAUCCCACCUGCCUUCAUCUCUGCCCGGGACCACGUCUGGAUCUUCUUCCACUCUGACGCUUCCAGCUCUGGCCAGGCCCAGGGCUUCCGUCUCUCAUACAUCCGAGGGAAGCUGGGCCAGGCGUCCUGCCAGGCUGAUGAGUUCCGCUGCGACAAUGGCAAGUGCCUGCCAGGCCCGUGGCAGUGUAACACCGUGGAUGAGUGUGGGGACGGCUCUGACGAGGGCAACUGCUCGGCACCCGCCUCUGAGCCGCCGGGCAGCCUGUGCCCGGGCGGCACCUUCCCCUGCAGUGGGGCGCGCUCCACGCGCUGCCUCCCUGUGGAGCGGCGCUGUGAUGGCACACAGGACUGCGGUGAUGGCUCCGACGAGGCUGGCUGCCCGGACCUGGCGUGUGGCCGGCGGCUGGGCAGCUUCUACGGCUCCUUUGCCUCCCCUGACCUGUUUGGUGCAGCCCGGGGCCCUUCGGACCUUCACUGCACGUGGCUGGUGGACACGCAGGACCCAAGGCGCGUGCUGCUGCAGCUGGAGCUGCGACUGGGCUACGAUGACUAUGUGCAGGUGUAUGAGGGCCUGGGUGAGCGCGGGGACCGCCUGCUGCAGACGCUGUCCUACCGCAGCAACCACCGGCCCGUGAGCCUCGAGGCUGCCCAGGGCCGCCUCACCGUGGCCUACCACGCCCGCGCCCGCAGCGCUGGCCAUGGCUUCAACGCCACAUACCAGGUGAAGGGCUACUGUCUCCCAUGGGAGCAGCCAUGUGGCAGCAGCAGCGAGGGGGACGUGGGGGAUGCAGGGGAUCAGGGCUGCUUCUCGGAGCCACAGCGCUGUGAUGGCUGGUGGCACUGUGCCAGUGGCCGCGAUGAGCAGGGCUGCCCCGCCUGCCCGCCUGACCAGUACCCCUGCGAGGGUGGCAGUGGCCUGUGCUACACACUCGCUGACCGCUGCAACAACCAGAAAAGCUGCCCUGAUGGUGCCGACGAGAAGAACUGCUUCUCCUGCCAGCCCGGCACCUUCCACUGUGGCACCAACCUGUGCAUCUUUGAGACGUGGCGCUGCGACGGCCAAGAGGACUGCCAGGACGGCAGUGACGAGCAUGGCUGCCUGGCUGCCGUGCCCCGAAAGGUCAUCACCGCUGCCCUAAUCGGCAGCCUCGUCUGCGGUCUGCUCCUCGUCAUCGCUCUGGGCUGCGCCUUCAAGCUCUACUCACUGCGCACGCAGGAGUACAGGGCCUUUGAGACCCAGAUGACACGCCUGGAGGCCGAAUUUGUGCGGCGGGAGGCACCCCCAUCCUACGGUCAGCUCAUUGCACAGGGCCUCAUUCCACCCGUGGAGGACUUUCCUGUCUACAGCGCAUCCCAGGCCUCGGUGCUACAGAACCUUCGCACAGCCAUGCGGAGACAGAUGCGCCGGCACGCCUCCCGCCGCGGACCCUCCCGCCGCCGCCUUGGCCGCCUCUGGAAUAGGCUCUUCCACCGGCCACGGGUGCCACGCGGCCAGAUCCCGCUGCUGACUGCCACACGCACCUCACAGACAGUGCUGGGCAACGGGCUCCUCCAGCCUGCACUGGGGGCUGCCCCGGAUCCCCCGGCAUCCCUUACGGACACAGGCAGCCCCGGGGCAGCUGGUGAUGGGCUCCCCAGUGCCCCCGGCCAUGCGCCUGAGGGGGGACCUUCAGUGUCACUGCCCCCCACCGGCCUGCAGGACCCAGAGUACAGGCCCAUGGACAAGGACAGAAAGGCCUGCCGGGAUGCUCUGGUGGACCUCCCAGCCCCUGGGGACAUGCCUCGGGAGCCCUGCUUGGCCCAGGACCCCCAUGCCCCGGCCAUCACUGCCUGCAGCAACCUUGGCCCCCACCCACCAGAGCCGCCGGGGGUCUGCAGGAGCCCCCCGCCAGCCUGCUCCCCGAUAUUGGAGGGCAGCGACGACGAGGCUUUGCUGGUCUGCUGACCCACUCGACGUGCUGGUGACUGCCACAGCCCCGCUUUGUAACCAGGGAAUACACAGUCGUUUCUACCCUGCCUCCGCAUCCUUCUUUCUUAUGGGGAAGCCCACAUGGAACCCUGUGGAGGGGCUGGGCCCUCAACCAGCUUUUCUGUCA